AUGAAAACGUACAGUAGGAAGAAGGGUGAUAGCCCAAGUAACGUAAUAAUUCAUGUGAACGAACUGUGCCGACUGUGCUUGGCAAAGGAGGAGGAGAUGGUGCCGAUUUAUGCCGACGAUGAAACUAUCCCCUUAUCUAUACGAAUAAUGGCUUGCGUUAACCUGGAGGUCUAUGAAGACGACGGCCUUCCAAACAUGAUUUGUCAUCCUUGCAAAUAUCAAUUAGAAAAAUCUUACCAGUUUAAGAAAAAGUGUGAAGCUGCUGAUACUAAACUUCGCAAGCAUAUGAAAUUAAUACACCAGUUAACUGGUGAAGAUGGAGAAAGUCAAGACAGUAACAGAGAUGAAUUAAAAGAUACUAGCAACAGUGGAAAGUCUAAACAAGUUAAACAAUUGUUAGCUGAUUUGGUAUCCACCAAGGGUGAAAGUGGACAAGCAGAUGGAGAUCCAAUUGAAGUAACAGAAGAGGAACUUGUUGGUGGCUAUAUUUUAGGGAUGAAUUCUGAGAACUUGGAGAUGGAAGAAACUAUGUCAGAAGAUCCAGAAAAUAUUACACUAGGACCUGCUGAGGAACGUGCCGCAAAGGCGCGUUGCACAAUACGUACAACGCGUAUUAAGCAAGAACAGGAAUCUGAAGAUGAAGCAGAGGAAGUACAAAGAGCGAUCGCGGGUGCAGAUCAUAAAAAUGUUUAUAUGAUGGAAGUUACGAGCAACAGCUCGGGUCAAGGAGAAUCCCUGAAAUUACAACCAAUUGGUGAUACAAUGGUUGAAACCAGUGAAGAAUUGAAAGUAUUUCAAUGUGACAAAUGUCCAAAGGCAUUUACUCGAAGAAUAAUGUUGAAAAGUCAUCAGUCUGUUCAUUCUACACAGAGAGGUUUCACGUGCCAGGCUUGUGAAAAGUGGUUCCCUACAAGAUCGGCUUUGAUAAGACACGAACGUACUCAUACCGGCGAGAAACCAUUCGGCUGUAACAUUUGUCAUCGUGCUUUUGCGCAAAAGGAAAUAUUAUUGCGACAUCUCAUGACUCAUUCUGGCCAGAAACCAUUCCAAUGUCAACAUUGUGAGAAGAGCUUUACACAAAGAGAAGCGUUAAAGGUGCACAUGAGAAGACAUCAAAAGUUGGAUCCUAAUGAUAUCCAAUUACAUCAUUGUCAACUUUGUCCCAAAGCAUUUUGUCAUGCUUCCGGACUCAGUAGACAUUUAGUUACACACACUGGUAGAACGUACAAGUGUGUGGAAUGUGAGAAAACUUUCACUGACAAAAGUUCGCUGUUGAGGCACAGUCGUAUUCAUGCACCUAAAAAGAUAUUGACAAAUUAAACUGAUACAUUAUCAGUGCAAUCUUGUCUGCAAUGUCCAUCGGCAUCAACACCACAUAACAUUUCUUUUGCAGAAUUACAAUUUUUUGUUUAAUUACGAUCGCCACAACUUUUAUCUCAGUAUAAUUUAUACAUAUGCUAUAACUAAUAUUAUGUACUAACAAUAAGUUCAAUAAUUCCAAGUAUACGGAUAUAUAUUUAUGUUAUUAUACAUAUAUUUUGUUUUUAGUUUCAGUACAUGAAGGAGUCUUCUAUUAUAGAAUGUUCCUUUUUGGACUUUCUUUCGCACAUUUUACAUAUUAACUAGAUAAU